UCCUCGUGCAGCCGCCCGUCUCUGCCUCGGAGGUUGUCUUCGAGGGUCGUGCCUCCUGGGUAAGGACGAUGCUGCCUUGCCUCGGGGUGCCUGUGCGUCCUGCUUCUCUCGAGGCCUUCCCCUGGUCCAGGAUGGUGGAGGCUCAUACAGUGGCAGCUGGGGGCUCGCCGGCGCAGAUGGUCGCAGCAGCGGCGUCGGGCUGUUCGGCGCCCAUCGCUUCACAGCAGCAUGGACGUUCUUUGGGGUGCAUUGACCUGCCGCCACCACCACCGCUGCCGAGUGACGGACCGACACCGGUGCGCCUCUUCCUCCCUCCACAAGCAGCCACGCCACCAAGCCAAACGCCACCGGUGCGACAACUGCAGGACCUGAUCGAGCCAUGCCAGGAGCCACUGCCAUUCACCUUCCUGGAUAUGCAGCACCAGAAGCAGGCCUCGCCCCAGCCGAUGACGCCACCAAGCCAGGUCCCCUCACCAUCUCUCAGCCUGGACGAGCAGCACCACGAGCUUAAUGCCAGUGGACAGGAGCACAGGGACUCGCCUUCCAGUGAAGAGAUUCAGAUGCCACUGCUGGCAGCUCCUGACCCGACGUCCACGCCACCACGACCUCCAACGACGCGAAGGAAGACGCUGGCUGGGAUCACCGGUUUUGCUGGUUUCCCUGUACAUCGGUCCAGCCCCAGACUCAAAGCAAAGAAGAGGGCGAUGCCUAUCGCGAAGCUAGCAGAGAAGAUGCUCUGCCAGCGUCUGGGCAUAGUCGCGGAGGGGCAAGCUGUAACUGAAGAUGCCAUCGCAAAGUUCGUUCAGAUGUUCCAGGGGGAUUUACCAGACAUCGCCGUGGCCGCCCUGAGAGCCCUGUUCCGUCUGGACUGUGACUUCGCGACGGCGGUGGAGGAUGCGCUGGUGGAGCAUGGCGGAGCAGCGGCUGUUGAUCAUGCAGGCGACACCGCCACGGAGGCGGUUGGGCAAGCAUGAUUGCCACCAUUAUGUCAUCUAGCAGUAUCUAAGUGCACCAUGUUACAACAAACUAUUUCGCACCAGUUCUCCUUGUUGCUAUCUUAUAUUUCCCUGCAUGGUAGAGCAAGACCGUCCAAGAAAGACUACCAUCGUCAUUUGCUGCCUGUUUGUAACCUUGGCCGGUUGCCUCUGUUGACCCUGGCAAGGUCCUUUAUUUGUAAAAGUAUGA